AUGGACCCCCAGCCCCCGGGGGCCCCCGGGGCCCCCGGCCGCGUGCUGCUGGCUUCUGUCUCGAACAUAAAGUACCCUGUGGACUUGGACUUGAUUCACCAUCUCUUUUCCAGAUUCGGAGAAGUCGAGAAGGUGAGCUGCAGCAGCAGCAGCAGCAGCAGCAGCAGCAGCAGCAGCAGCAGCGGGGUGGGAGUUAGUCGGGGUGGGAGUGGGGUUGAGGCGGCGGAAGCAGCUGCUGCAGCAGCAGCAGCAGUUGCUGCUGCAGCAGCAGCUGCUGCUGCUGCUGCAGCAGUGGGUAUCGUGAGUUUCUUCAAAACCCCGAGUUUGUACCAGGCCCUCGUCCAGUUUGCUUCUGCAGCACAAGCCCGCGAGGCGCUGCUGCACCUCCACAACCGCAACAUUUACGACGACUGCAACACUUUGCAGCUGCAGCAGAGUCGGCUGCAGCAGCUGACAGUGAAGGCCAAUUCUUCGCGGUCUUGGGACUAUACUCAGGAUUCCGGGGGGCCUCGUGCUGCUGCUGCUGCUGCUGCUGCAGCGCAGCAGCAGCAGCAGCAGCAGCAGCAGGGGGUGGUGUUGGCCGGGGUGGCCGGGGUGGGCGUGGGGGGCCAGCAGCCGCCCGCGCCGCAGCAGCAGCGGCACUUCUUCGCGCCGUAUGCUGCGCUGCAGCAGCAGCAGCAGCAGCUGCUGCAGCAGCAGCAGCAGCAGCAGCAGCAGCUCUUUCCCCUCGAAAGGCUGCCUCAGGAACUCAGAGACAUCGACUUCGAAUACGCAAACCCUUCACAAACCCCCGUCAUCAUCGUCUACAACAUCCCAGCCUCCGUCAACAUCCAGAUGCUGUUUAACCUGUUCAGCUUGUACGGAAGUGUUUUGCGAAUUAAAAUUCUGAAAGAAAGACCCGACACGGCUUUGAUCCAAUACGCCCUUCCUUUCUACGCAACCAUUGCCCAGAGACUCAUGCUCGGGGCAGUUUGCGAAGGCCAGGAGCUGCAGAUGACCCUCAGCCGCAACAAGGAAGUGCGGCUGCCGUCAGCAGCAGCAGCAGCAGCAGCAGCAGCAGCAGCAGCAGCAGACUCAGCAGCAGCAGAAGACGAAAAACGCACUGUGGCCUUCACCAUGAAGGACCAAAGAUACGGGGCGGAAGACAUAGAGAAGUACGUGAAGAGCGCAUGCAAGCCGACGCGGACAGUGUUUGUGGCCAACAUAAACGAAGCAGCAACAACAGAAGACAUAAUAGAGUUGUUUAAAAAUCAGGGAAAAGUGAACAAAAUAAACUUCAAAAAGCCGAAAAACGAAAACAGCAAAACCAAACUCUGCAUCAUGGAGUUGGAAAGCGAAGAAAAGGUCACUCAAGGUGGCCUUUUCAAAAAGCGUUAUUUAGCUGCUGCAGCAGCAGCAGCAGCAGCAGCAGUUGCUGCAGCAGCUACCGCAGCAGCAGCAGCAGCAGCAGCUACUGCAGCAACAGCAGCAGCUACUGCAGCAGCAGCAGCAGCUACUGCAGCAGCAGCAGCAGCAGCAGCAGCGGCUACAGCAGCAGCAGCAGCAGCAGCUACUGCAGCAAUAGCAGCAGCAGCAGCUACUGCUGCAGCAGCAGCAGCAGCAGCAGCUACAUCCGCAGCAGCGAGCAAAACGGCUGCAGCAGCAACAGAGUGA